AUGGGUGGACUGCAACCUAAAACAAUUUUUACUGAUCAAUGUCAAGAAAUGGACAAUGCUAUUAAGAGAGUUCUUCCUGAAGCUCAACAUCGACUUUGUUUGUGGCAUAUUAGCCAAAAUGCUGCUAAGCAUCUUUCGUAUUAUUUGAGACAACCUGACUUUAAGGCUCUAUUUAAUAGGUGUCUAUACAAUUGUGAAUCUGAGCAAGAGUUUGAAGAAGUGUGGGCACGUUUACUCACGAAAGUAGAAAUUUCAAAAUGUUCAUGGUUGAAAAAAUUCUCUGAGUUACGGGAAAAAUGGUGUCCAGGAUUUAGUAAGAAUUAUUUUUCAGCUGGCAUGUUAUCAACACAAAGAAGUCAGAGUAUGAAUACUAUUUUUCGUAUUGUAACUUGUAAAACAAUGUCUUUUUCUCAAUUUGUGCUUCGCUAUGAAAAAGUUUUGGAGCAUCGACGUUGGUCAGAGCUGCAAAAGGACUUUGAAUGCAAUCAAUCUGCACCUCCUCAGUUAAAAAAACUUGCAGGUAUGGCCAAACAAGCUGCACAAGUCUAUACUCAUGUUAUUUUUGAAGAAUUCUUUGAAGAACUAUGUGAAUCUUUAUCUGUGGCCAUUGAAAAAACCAACGAAAAUGGAACUUGCUUUGGUUACAAUUGUAAGAAGUUUCAAUCGGUUGGUCUCUUAUGUCUUCAUGCAUUGAAGGUACUUAACUUUCACAAUAUUUUUCAUAUACCUUCUCAAUAUAUCUUGAAGAGGUGGACAAAAGAUGCGAAAGAUGGUUUUAAUGUAAGUGAUAGCAUUCCACCCCAAGCUUGUGAGGUUUCAGCACAAAGAAUUAAUCUACGCAUGAGACAAAUAAUGAGGAAAGCCAUUUAUUUUGCAACCAAGGGUGCAUUGGCAAAUGAAUCAACCAAAAUGGCUGAAGAUCACCUUGAGCAAGGGAUAAAAAUGUUGGAAAGGAUGUUAAAAAAUACUAGCUCGAUUGACCCUUUCACUAGCAAACCUACUGAAGCGAAUGAUAUGACUAGUGAUGAAGAGAAGGAUGAGCAUAGUAAAUUAAAUAGAAAAAGGGUACUAGAUCCAGAACGUGUUCGAGCAAAAGGAGUUACAAAUGCUAGAAUGAAAAGUCAACUAGAGAAGAAAAGAUGUAAGAAAUAUACAUCACAAGCUAGAAGCAUAUCUCAAGGUGCUAUUACAUCUAAACCUCUAAGGCAUGAUCCUGCUGAAAAAGGUUAA